GGAAACGAAACCGCUCCAUUCAUCCUCCUCAUAGGGAAGAAACAAAUAGGUGGCGUUUCUCUGUUGAAGUACAGUUUACUCCUCCAACCGCGAGAGUACAAGUCACUUUGAGCGAUAAAUAAAAGACCGGAUACUUCUCUGACGAUAUUUGGAGAGGUGUAAAAAGAUGGGGAAACACAACAGCAAGCUUGCUCCUGAGGUGCUAGAUGACUUGACCAAGAGUACAGAGUUCAAUGAAGCUGAGCUGAAGCAGUGGUAUAAGGGAUUUCUGAAGGACUGUCCAACUGGCAUCCUCAAUCUGGAAGAGUUCCAGCAACUCUAUGUCAAGUUCUUCCCUUACGGCGAUGCUUCAAAAUUCGCUCAGCAUGCCUUUCGGACAUUUGACAAAAAUGGUGAUGGUACCAUUGACUUCAGGGAGUUCAUCUGCGCACUGUCCAUCACUUCCAGGGGAAGUUUUGAGCAGAAACUCAACUGGGCCUUCAACAUGUACGACCUGGACGGAGAUGGCAAGAUCACACGCAUGGAGAUGCUGGAGAUCAUUGAGGCAAUCUACAAGAUGGUUGGAACGGUGAUCAUGAUGCGUAUGAACGAGGACGGGCUCACCCCACAGCAGCGCGUGGACAAAAUCUUCAGCAAGAUGGACAAAGACCACAACGAUGAGAUCACGCUGGAAGAGUUCAAAGAGGCGGCCAAGAGCGACCCCUCCAUUGUUCUUUUACUGCAAUGUGACAUGCAGAAGUAAGGAAGGAGAGGAGGAAGAUGAGUGAAGGGGGCUGGGGGUGUAGGGAGGGGAGGAGAACCAUGUACAGACUUCUUGAGAGAUGUAGGUAAUAGAUGAUAAAUAGAGAGAAAGUGUAAAUACAGUUGAACAGAAGUUAGACUGCAUGGUAAUCUUGGAAGUGAUUAAGGCCAUUUGGAAUGAUUAGUGAAAGUAAUGCAAGAAAGAAUAUUUUCAAUCCUGUAUCACUUGUUACACAUUCUGUCUGCUUUCCAGCCCUUAGAGAGAGUCCGAAAGAUUGAAUCAUUAAUACAAUACAUUUCUUUCCUCGGAAAAGUCAUUUUUGAGCCAAAAGACAGGCAUAUAUUUCUUUCAGGAAUUUAAACAAUUUCAUUUAAUAAUUAUAAAUAAAUAAUAAUAAUAAAUAAUGUAAUAAUAAUUUAAUUUUGAUUCAUUUUAAUGCAUUUGAAUCCAAGAUAAAGAUACAAAAGUCAAAGGAUGAAAAUAUACAUUAGGGAUGCACGAUAUGUAGGUACUAUACUGGCUAUGUUCUGAAAUUAGAUUUUUAUUUAUUUAUUGGUUAAUAUUGUAUGUAUAAUCGCCUAGUAUUUGGAUAUUUAAUUGUGUAUGCUCUUUUAUGUAGUUUUUACAUUUAGAUUAUCUUUGCUGUCAUCCAACACUCACUUAAAGUUAAAAACACUAAUCAUUUAAUAAAUGCAAUCUUUAGCAAAUCUCAAAAUGAUAAUCCAUUAUACAUUAUAAUGUGAUGCCCAAAUUCACCUGUAGCAUUUAAAACAUUUCAUUUUAGUGUUUCAUUUUUAAUUUAUUUAGACAAAAUGGAAUUUAUAUGCUGUUAAUCUAUCUACAGACGAUGUGUCGAGAAAACAAAAGUGAACACAAAAAAGAAAAAUAAUGCAUGGCUUUCUAGGGCUUCCGUAUUUCCGUAUUUUCUCCAUAACAAUAAUUAUUUGCUUACUGGCAUCAGCCAAACAUUUAUACCGUGCAUCCCUGUUAAAUAUUAUAUAAUCUUUGGAAUUUAUUUAUUUUUUCUAUAUUGAAAAUGUCAGAGCAGCAACACGCCUGAUUGCAGGUUGUGCCUGAGGAAAAGCAUUAGAGAGGGGAAAUGUAGAAAGCACAGAGUUCUGGGCAGGACUGAAUCCUUUGACAUUUGCGGGUGCCUUCAUAUACAGCGCUCUACCCCACUUGAGUAAUACUGUUUGAACACAUUGCCAUAAUCUGACGAUACCAUCACGAAGCAUAGCCAUCUUCUAAUCGUGUUAUUGGCAGAGAUAAAACUAAAAAGCCACGGCUGAGUAAAAGGGUGAUAUGUCAGAAAAUGAGGAGUAGCGUUUAUUAGAUAGAGAACUGACAAUAUAUGUACAUGAAGACAUUUUGUACAUAAUGCCUAUACACAUGCUUAAUAUGUACAUGUAAAUGUUUCUCUACCUUAGAACUGCUUUCAUAAUCUGACACAGCUGCAAUGAUUUGUGUGCUAACACAAAAACUUUACUGUACUUAUGUAUGUGGGUCUGUCUGAAGAGGGAAGCUAACGUGUGCAGUUUCUUCUUUGCAAUCAGGUGUGAAAGCCGCAGUGUGAGAGUGUGAGUUCACGUAAGAGAACACAAAUGCCUCAACCUUUGUAUUAAUUCUUUCUUAUGAUCUUCACGCCAGUGCUAGGAGUAUUACGCCGUCGUGUUUGUCGUCACCUGGUAUGGCUGGUGAGCUGUUUUUGUCAUGAGAGCUUUAGUUUAGUUCAGUCUUCAUUGGUUCAUCUCCUAUUUCACAAGCUUAGCAAGUGUCAGCCAAAAGGAUUUUAAUUGUAUGAAUAUUGUCAAUGUUGAAUUACCUUUCUUUACUCUUGUAAUAUAAGUGGACACAAAUGUAAACCAGACGCAGAAUGUGUAGUACUUGUCAAUGUUACUAUGGCGCUAUACUUAAUAACAUGAGAAUACUGUUGCACUACAUAGUGAGUAGAGGCAAUACAGCUUUAGUUUUAGACUGCCUCCCUGUGGUGAAAGAUGUUAAUCAACUUCAGCAGAACACCCUAGCAUACUACUCUCUUACUAUUUCUGCCAUAUAAAGAUAUGGUAAAUGUCGUAAGGGUGGUAUGCUAAUAUAUGGUUCCGAGUUCAGCAUAUGAUUUCACUCAGAACCAGGGCCGUCAGGGGGGCGAGAGGGGUCCAACUAAGUUCCCCAUGUGAUAUAGGUCCAAGGGAAAGGAUACCCAUCCAUAAAAUCUGUGAAUCUUAGCAAGAAUCCCUCUCAAAACCACAAUAUACUUCUAGAUCACAUUGAGGAUGUCUUACUGGAACAUUGUGCCACACAAUAGCAAUGAUUAUUCAUGUUUAGAUAAUCAAUGAGUGACUUAUUUUUCAAUAGUGAAAGUAGUUUAGCAAUACUCAAAAUGGUUAAUUUUGCAGCAUAUCUUGUGAUGUUACAUUUUCAGUAACAGCAGUUUAAGCAAUUUCUUUACUCACAUAUUGUCACAACCGCUUUUACACAACUCACAAUCUUGUGAAAUCUGUGUGGGAUGUAUUUCCUGUCAUAUUCACACACCUUUGUCACUGUUUUACAUCUCUGCUCAUGAGCAGCAAGGGUAAUCUCUUUCUUAUUAUGUCACAAAGUAGGUUUCUUGUGCUAAAUGUGCUACCCCUUGUGAAAAAGAAGUGUCAAAUUAAAAGUUUUACUUUAAAGUACAUUUUAAAUCACCACGUUUUAAUCUUUUGUUGUGCUUUAAAGAAGUACACUGAUUUGGAUGUGUUAAGGGAUGUAUAAUUUAAAGGAAUAAUUCACCCAAAAAUGAAAAGUCAUCAUUUACUCACCCUCAAGUUGUUCCAAACCUGUAUGAAUUUCUUUCUUCUGCUAUAUAUUCUGCUAAGACUUGUUUUGAAGAAUGUCGGUAACCAAACAUUCGAUGGGCACCAUUGAUGCUAUACUAUGGAAGUCAAUGGGGCACAUCACUUGUUUGGUUACCCAUAUUCUUCAAAAUAUCUUCUUUUGUGUUCAGCAGCAGAAAGAAAUUCAUACAGGUUUGGAACAACUUGAGGGUGAGUAAAUGAUGACAGAAUUGCAAUUUGCUCAUUUGCAAUUUGUGUAAUUACAAAUAUAUUUAAAUACAUGACACGUGUUUCAACAGAAAUUACAUGAAGUGUAUUUUAGUGAAUAAAUGCUUUGGGCGGUACACUUUAAACAUAUUUCAAAAACAAAAGAAGAAAUUAUGAAAUUACAUAUAAAGAUGUACUUACUGCAAGUCCUACUUAAGUGGGCCAAAAAGCACUCUAGUUCAGAUAAAUGCAUUUCAUAUCUGUUUAAACUAAUACAUUUUCAUUUAAUUGCAAUUAACAUGCAAUUAAGUGUCCAAAUACAUUAUAUUUGCUUUGCAUUUAAGUAUAUUUUUUAAAGUAUUGUUUCUGUAAUAAGUAAUAAAGUAUUCUAAAGUGUACUUCUUUUUCAUAAGGGACAGUCAUAUUCUUUUCCAGAUAUUGAAUUUUAUCUACUACCACAGUUCAGAUCUGUACCAGCGCAACUCAAUGUAUGGUCUGAAAUCUUGACCAUCUGACCAUCUAAUGAUCACUGUGAUUAGAUUACAUAAACACAGUUAUGGUCAUGGGUAAUGAUUAUGGGAAGUGCAAAAUGGGCCUGGUGGAUGCUGUGCAAUGUGCUGAUUCACCACUAAACUGACUCUAUACAUGCCACUGCUAAAGUCCACUGAGAGAUUUUCUGUGCCAAAGACUUUAUAAAACAUAAAAUUGGAGAUGUAUAAUUAAAUUUUAUUAACCCAAUUAACUGAAUAUGUAUUUGAUUGCUUUUACAUUUAUAAUACAGCGUGAAAAAUGUAAUGUGGGUUGGUCACAUGUAAAACCAUCCAGUGCAGAUUCUGAUUAUGUCCCCAAAAAAUUACUGAAAAGGGAUUAAUUGUGUCCAGUCGUGCAAUACAAUGCGCUUUCUGUACUGUAUGUGUUGCUGUGCAUUUCAAAUGUCUGGUUUCUGUUCACUUUUUCAAUAUCGUUAAGCUCCUUGAACAAAGACGUGUAAUUAUUUUUGUUACAUAGAGAAUUAAAUAUGUGGAUGUCUACUGAA